AUGGAAGCAUUUUAAUUUUUGGACAACAUAGGAAAAGGAUCAUUUGCAAAAGUUUACAAAGUUCUUAGGAAGGCUGAUCAAAAGGUAUUUGUCGCCAAAGAGAUGGAAUAUGGCAGGAUGAGUGAGAAAGAAAAAUAACAAUUAGUAUUUUAAAUUUAAAUUUCAAAAUAGGUAAAUGAAGUUAAUAUUUUGAGAGAGCUCAAACAUCCCAACAUCAUCAAAUAUUAUGAUCGCAUCGUCGAUAAAUAGACAUAAAAGUUAUAUAUAAUAAUGGAAUAUUGCGAGGGUGGAGAUUUGGCUUAAUUUCUGAAAAAGCUUAAAAAGGAUAAGGAAUACUUACCAGAAGAAUCGGUUUGGAAGAUAUUCUCUCAGAUAGUCUAGGCCUUAUGUGAAAUACAUAAACGGCAAAACAAAAUAUUACAUAGAGACAUCAAGCCAGCAAAUAUAUUUUUAGAUAAAACUGUGAAACUUGGAGACUUUGGAUUGGCAAGAAUGCUAAACAUAAACAGUGAGUUUGCUCAUACUCAAGUUGGUACUCCCUAUUACAUGAGUCCUGAAUUGAUAGAAGAACAUAAAUACAAUGAAAAGUCUGAUAUUUGGGCCUGUGGUUGUUUGCUAUACGAAAUGUGUUCUCUUUAACCACCCUUCCAAGCAUAAAACUAUUUAUCGUUGGCAAUGAAAAUCAAGUAAGCCCAAUAUGAUAAUAUUCCAUAACAAUAUACGUCUGAAAUGAAGCGUGUAAUCAGUUGGUGUUUGAGUGUGAAUCAGGAUUAGAGACCAAGUGUUGACGAUUUGUUAAACUUGCCAAGAAUUUCAAUUCGUUUAAGAGAGAAAAGAUUAAAGGAGAAUUCGCUGUUACUUUAACAGAGAGAAGAGGACUUGAAAAAGAAAUAGUAGUACUUGAUUGAAUACGAGUAAAGAUUGAAAGAAUUGGACACAUAGAGAAAUAAAGAGAAUGUUUAGAAUUGGCAGAAAGGGUAUAAGAAGAGCACUGAUCGAUCAGAAAAUUCGUUAACUACAGAUUUGGAUUCGGAUUAUAAGGAGUCUACUUUAGAGAAAUUGAUGCAAUGUAGAAGAUCAUUUUAGUUCAAAUAAUGA